AUUGGCUGUUCCCCGACACAUACUUGAAGGAACCUUUGAAGCAGUUCCAACUCUUUGAACUCAGUUUAGUCAUCUGGGCACAUUCCAAACAAAAGUAAAGUAUAUGGCUUCUAUGAACAACCAAGGAGCCUCCUCUUCUUCAGCUACUUCAGAUUUCUUCCCUUACUCAUGGUCAUACGAUGUCUUCCUGAGUUUUCGUGGCGAGGAUACACGCUAUGGUUUUACAGGCCACUUGCACAGUGCUCUGCUUCGAAAGGGAAUCAACACCUUCAUAGACAACGAUCUUACAAGGGGAGACGAAAUAGCACAGUCGCUUCUCAAAGUAAUCGAAGAGUCAAGGAUCUCCGUCAUUGUAUUCUCUGAAAACUAUGCAUCAUCCAAGUGGUGCUUGGAUGAGCUGGUUCACAUUCAUCACUGCAAUGAAUCAAAGCAACAAAUGGUGAGGCCAAUUUUCUACAAGGUGGAUCCUGCUGAUGUAAGAUACCAGAAAGGCAGUUAUGGUGAAGCAUUGGCGAAGCACGAAAGGAGAUUCCCAGAUAACUUGGAAAAGGUGGGAGGAUGGAGGACAGCACUUACAAGAUCAGCAAAUUUGUCUGGCUGGCAUUACAAGGAGAAAGAAUAUGAAUCCACAUUUAUCGACAACAUAGUUGAGGAGAUCUCACUCCAAUUACUCAAUCAGACAUAUUUGGAUGUGGCUGAGUAUCCUAUCGGAAUAGAUUCUCGUGUCCAGGAUAUUGAUAAACUUUUAAGUGUUAGUGGAAAUAGUCGUUGCAUAAUUGGGAUAUGGGGAUCUCCUGGAAUAGGAAAGACGACAAUUGCCAAAGCUGUUUAUAACUCAAUUGCACAUAGAUUUGUAGGCAGAUGUUUUUUGGAAAAUGUUGGAGAGAAGUCAGAGUCACCUGAAGGCCUAGUUCAACUACUAGAGACUCUCCUUUUCGAGAUUCUUGGAGGCCCAAACUGGAAGUUAACUAGUGUUGAUAAAGGAAUCAAUGUUAUAAAGCAAAGGCUGACAAAUAAAAGGGUCCUCAUAGUUCUUGAUGAUGUGAAUAAAUUGGAUUGGCUAAGCAAAUUAGCAGGAGCUACAGGUUUGUUUGGUGAGGGAAGUAGAGUCAUUUUAACGACAAGGUAUAAGGGUUCACUAACUCGUCAUGGAAUUAAGUUAGUAUACGAAGUCAAGAAGUUAGAUCACCAACAGGCGCUUGAGCUUUUCAGUUGGCAUGCCUUUGGGAAAAAUGAACCUCCGUAUGAGUAUGUUGCACUUGCAAGUCGUGCAGUAGACUAUGUUCAAUGCCUUCCGCUAGCUCUGAAAGUUUUGGGUUCUCAUCUGGGUACUCUUGAAACCGCAGAUCGUUGGCAAGCUACAUUGGAUAGCUAUAAAAGUGCCCCUUAUAAAGAGAUUCAGAAACCGUUCAGAAUAUGCUAUGAUGCAUUGGAAUAUGAAGUGAAAGAAGUUUUCCUAGACAUCGCAUGCUUCUUCAACCAUAAGGAAAAAGAAUUUGUGCUAGAAAUACUGAAAGAUGAUGACCUUGACGUUGUUGAGAAUUAUAUUAAUGUACUCAUACAAAGCACCCUCAUAACUGUUGAUCGGUUCAAGAGGAUUUUGAUGCAUAAUUUGCUAGAACAAAUGGGUAAAGAUAUAGCUCGCCAAGAAUCUGUUGAACCUGGAGAAUGCAGGAGAGUUUGGUUUCACAAGGACGUGUUUCGUAUUCUAACCGAAAAUUCUGGAACCCAUAAAAUUGAAGGUAUCAUGGUAAAGUUUCCCCUACCAGAUGAGAUACCCUUGAAUGCUAAAAGCUUCUCAGGCAUGAGAAAUCUCAAAUAUUUCAUAAACUGUAAUGCAUGCCUUUCUGGAUAUGUGGAUUAUCUUCCCAAUAGCUUGAAGUUGAUUGACUGGGGAAGGUGUGAGCUGAAAUCUUUCCCAUCCAAUUUUCAACCAAAGGAACUUAUUGUGCUCAAUAUGCCUUACAGUCGCAUUGCAGAGCUGGGAAAAGCAAUAGUUGAGCAUUUGACAAAGGUGACGUCUCUAAACUUUGACAACUGCAAAUUCCUGAAAAAGGUCCCCAACUUAUCUGGAAUCCCAAACAUCAAGUCCUUGAGUCUAGGUCAAUGUACAAAUUUAGUGGAGGUUGAUCCUACUGUUGGAUUUCUUGAAAAACUUGUUACAUUGGACCUUAAUCGAUGCUCUAACCUGACAAAAUUUCCAACAAGAGUUUGCUGGAAAUCUCUUGAAGAUUUAAUUCUUCUUGAUUGCAAAAGGCUUAAGAAGUUCCCAGAAAUUGUGGACAAGAUGGAAUCCUUAGACAUCAUGCAAUUGGGAGGUACUGGCAUAAAAGAAUUGCCAUCAUCAAUUCGAUAUCUUACUCAAGUUUCCUAUAUAGGUCUGGAUAGAUGUCAAAACCUCACGAGUCUUCCCAGCAGUAUUUAUGAGUUGCAACAUCUGGAUCAUCUUGGUCUUAACCACUGUCCGAAACUGAUCACUCUUCCAAGUAAGGCAACCUCAGAAGUUUCAUCUAGUGCAGAAUCACUUCCUUUGGCGCUCACCUAUUUAUCUUUUGAAGGGUGCAAUUUAUUAUCAGACAUUGAUUUAUCUGUUGGUCUUCAUUGCGUGUCCACGCUAGAGAAUCUUGACUUAUCAGAAAGCAGUUUUGUUAGUCUUCCCAAGGGCAUUAGCAAAUUUGUCAACUUGAAGUCACUUAAAUUGUGUGGUUGCAAGAGGCUUCGAGUGAUUUUAGAACUUCCACCAUUUACAAGGUUCAUAGAAGUGGCUGAUUGCAUAUCAUUGGAAGCAUUUUCACUGUUGUCAGAGAUACUGGAGAAUAAAGACACACAACUUGUUUAUAAGAUGGACUUGUCUAAUUGUCAUAGACUUAUUGAUAAUUUGGGCUUGGACGUGGCAAAAAUCGCAAAUGUAUUACUGAAUGAGAUGGAGUACUCUUUGUUUGAGAUUUUACUUCCAGGAAAUAAAGUUCCAAAGUGGUUUAACUAUCGUAAGGAUGUCUGCGUUGUUGUUGAUGAAGAUAAAAGGGAUCCAAUAUGCGAAAUAUUGAUUGAAAUCCCUCAACAUUUCGUAUCAUUGGGUGCAGGAUUGACUCUAUGUGCUGUUUUUGAAAUCACAGAAAAGUUUGGUGGUUAUUGUAAUUUUGGCACGAUCGUUGAGAUUAAUGAACUUUCCAUGGAAUUAUAUGUUGAUUGUGUUUUCAAAUCAAGUAAGGUAGAGUCAGCUCAUGUGUGGCUAAAGUAUAUUCCAUUAGCUGUUGACAUCAAGUCGAAGUUGAAUGAAAAGAGGCCAUCAAUGCCUUAUAUGUGUCGAGUUGUCUUUCACCAAAUGCAUGGCAAAGGGUUGCUGUAUAAAAGCUGCGGGGUUCACCUGGCUGGUAUGCCACGGGAUGGUGGUGAUCAAGAUGAAGAUGAUGAUGAUGAUCGUCAUCAUGAGCAAGAGCAACAAAUUGAAGCAACAAAUUGUCCAAAUGACAGCCUCAAUUAUGAAGAUGAAGAUGAUGACCAGUUGUGUAGUUGCUUUAUCUGGACACGCUUCUUGACAUGCUGCUCCCCAGAAAAUUAGGAAAACUAUACUUGUGGACAGUCGUCUGGGCUUGCAGCACCAGAGGGUUAAAUAUGGUCUGUUGGACUAAUAUCCAAAGAUAACGGUGCAUUGUUUCCAGUAAUGUUGGCCGAGAACAAGAUGAGAAACAUUUGAAAUUCCUUGAUGAAUAAACAGGCACUCCCACCCUGAGACAUUGCUUGAAAUGGUGCAGGGUGUUGUUUAGCGUGAGUUGUCAAGUCAAAUAAAUGUAACAUGUUCCGACGUGAUUAUAUUUGUGGCAUGCAAUUUAUAGAAAACUCACUCAUCAGUUUUUGAUA